UCGGAUUAUUUACACCGAGGGUGGGCAGGCCCUGGCACAGGCUGCCCGGAGCCGCCGUGGCUGCCCCGUCCCUGCAAGCGCCCGCGGCCAGUCAAACACGGCUUGGAGCGCCUGGGACAGUGGAGGCUGUCCCUGCCCGUGGCCGGGGGUGCUUCACGGGCCCUUCCAAGCCAGCCCAUUCCGUGAUUCCGCGCUAAGCGUUACUGCGGGAUGAGGCAGCCCCGCGGCACCCGAUCGCUGCUGCGGUCACCGAUCCGCCAGGGGCUCCGUGCGCCGCCCCGGCGGGGGCUCCGUGCGCCGCCCCGGCGGGGGCGGACGGCCGCGGGGUCGGCAGCCCGGCAAUGCCUGCUGCCCCUUUCCCCGGGGGACAGCGUGGGGAGGCUGCUCCGAGUUCCCGGCUCGUGCAGGCAGCCCGGGACAGGCCCCGGUGCGGUAACCGCGUUCCUCCCGCCCCGUUCGCCCCCGGCCCCGCUCGCAGGGGCCCUUCGCCGCCGGCCGUGAGGCCACAGGCCGGCACACGCCGAUGGCCGGCCCUGCCAACCGCGGCCCCUGACGGGGCUGCGCCCGCCCCUUACACACCGCGGCGGGGGCGGCUCGGAAGUGACGGCGCAGGAAGCUCCGGCCCGUUCGAAAGCGCCCGGCGGAGCCGCGGCCGCCGCCUCUUUCCCGCCGCCCGGGCCGCCAUGGCCGCCUUCGCCAUGGAGCUGCCGCCCGCUGGAGCUGAACCGAUGACUCUCGGCUCGCCGACAUCUCCGAAGCAAGGCCCCAGUGCUCAGUUUCUCCCCGGGUUUCUGAUGGGUGACUUACCUGCCCCGGUGACCCCGCAGCCGCGGGCUCUGUACGGCCCUUCAGUCGGUGUCAUGGAAGCAAGGUCUCCGCUGCUUGCAGGAGGGUCUCCCCCACAGCCAGUAGUCCCCUCACACAAAGAUAAAGGUGGUGCUCCACCAGUGAGAAGCAUCUAUGAUGAGUUAUCCAGUCCUGGGCUUGGAUCAACCCCUCUGUCUUCCAGAAGACCAGCCAGCUUUACUUUAACACAGAGCCCCUCAGUUGGAAUUCUGCCAUCAACUCCGGGAGCAGCUUCGGGCAUGUUCAGUCCUGCAAGCAUUGGGCAGCCUAAGAAGACAACUCUGUCUCCUGCUCAGCUGGAUCCUUUUUAUACUCAAGGUGAUUCCCUCACUUCAGAAGAUCAGCUUGAUGACACAUGGGUAACUGUAUUUGGAUUUCCUCAAGCAUCAGCUUCCUAUAUUCUACUACAGUUUGCUCAGUACGGAAACAUAUUAAAGCAUGUGAUGUCCAACACAGGAAAUUGGAUGCACAUUCGGUAUCAGUCGAAGCUUCAAGCCCGGAAAGCCUUGAGCAAAGAUGGAAGAAUUUUUGGGGAAUCUAUCAUGAUUGGUGUCAAGCCCUGCAUAGAUAAAAGUGUGAUGGAAAACUUUGAAAGAAGCUCUACAUCCUCAAUGUCUUCGAUUUUCACUCCACCUACAAAAUCUGCUGGCACACCAACACAGCCUGCAAAUAAUACUGCAAGGAUUUCUACAAUGAGACCUCUUGCAACAGCAUAUAAGGCUUCCACCAGUGACUAUCAGGUGGUUUCUGACAGACAGACUCCUAGGAAAGAUGAAAGUAUUGUCUCUAAAGCAAUGGAAUAUGUUUUUGGCUGGUAAUACACAAGAGGAAGUAACACACCAAGCUGGUCGGGGUUUGAACUGUACUGAUGCCAUUGGUAGUUAGUUGUAUAACUACCAGUGGCAGUAUUUUAUCUUGCAUAGCACCUGUGAUGCCUUCAGUUCAUCCAGAAGACACGUGGCUUGCACUUUACAUGAUGGCAGUGUACACAUGGUUUUACAAACGGAGUAAAUGUAAAUAAAAGUGCUUAAUCCCUA